UUCAUAUCUCUUCAAUAUAGCUAUAUUGAAACACACCGACCAUGAAAUUUGUGGCGAGUGUUUACCUCACACUGUGCCUAGCCUCUUCUUUUAUCAUGAUGAUGGCCACAGUACAAAGGGCAAGGUUGUUGUUUGCGACAAAUGAAUACUAUGUUCGAGUGAUCAAUGGUUUCAGUGACAAUUCCUCUGUGCCUUUGGUGAUUUGGUGUGCUUCGGAGGAGAUGGAUCUUGGAGGGCGUGCUCUGCAGGAGCACGAUGAUUUCAGCUGGGUGAUGAGGCCGAAUUUCUGGAGCAGCAACCGCAUGAAGUGCACGAUGAAAUGGGACAACACGAGGAAGAGCUUCGAGGCGUUUAAGGCUUCCAGGGACACUGAUCGCUGUGGGAUUCAUAGGAUGUGUUCUUGGAUGGUGACUCAAGAUGGGUUCUAUUUCAGCAAUGAUGAGGUUAAUUGGAGGAAGGAUUUCUUGUGGUGACAACAAAGGUUUUCGAUCACUUUUUCCCCCUGCAGCUUAGAGGGAAUGUGAAUUAUGUGAUGAGUCUGAGGAGUUUUGUAUAAUUAUAAGAAAAAUGUGUGGUUUGUGUAAUUUAUAGAGAAAGGUGAUGAGUUUUGUUUAAUAAUAAUAACAUCAUAUGUUUUGAUCGAA